GUAAUAAGUAAUCUUUGAUCACAUGAUCCACAACUAUUAACGGAAGUGUUUUGCGGUGCAGCAGGUGACUCGAUGGAAAAACAGAAGUGAUAACUAAGCUAGUUCAAGAACAGCUUAAUGCCUUAAUUUAACGAUUCAACCAACACACUGUAGAGAGUUCAGCCCCGGACCUUGACUCGUCCCCUCUCAUCCAUCCAUCCCUGAGUGGCUAUCUGUGAUCGACUGCCUCUGGAUCCUUCUCCCACUAUGGCGAUCCUAUUUGCUGUUGUUGCCCGUGGCACCACGAUUCUUGCCAAGCAUGCCUGGUGUGGGGGGAACUUCCUGGAAGUCACAGAGCAGAUCUUGGCCAAAAUACCCUCAGAAAACAACAAGCUGACAUACUCCCAUGGCAGCUAUCUCUUCCACUACAUAUGUCAAGACAGGAUCAUAUACCUGUGCAUCACUGAUGAUGACUUCGAGAGGUCGCGGGCGUUCAGCUUCCUCAGCGAGGUGAAGAGAAGGUUCCAGACCACGUACGGGUCCCGUGCGCAAACGGCGCUGCCCUACGCCAUGAACAGCGAGUUCUCCAGCACGCUGGCGGCACAAAUGAAGCACCACUCAGACUCACGAGGUUCAGACCGCGUGACAGAGACACAAAUGCAAGUCGACGAGUUAAAGGGCAUCAUGGUCCGCAACAUAGACCUGGUGGCCCAGAGAGGGGAGAAACUGGAGCUGCUGAUUGACAAGACUGAAAGUCUGGUGGACUCUUCGGUUACCUUCAAAACCACCAGCCGCAAUCUGGCACGUGCCAUGUGCAUGAAGAACCUGAAGCUGACAAUCAUCAUCGUGGUGGUGUCCAUUGUUGUCCUGUACAUCAUUGUGUCUGCAGCCUGUGGAGGUCUGAGCUGGCCCAGCUGUGUGAAGAAGUAGAGUAGGAGAGAGGGGCCCCACCCCGUCCCCCUGCACCCCAGUCUCAUCUGACUCUGACAUCUGCUGGGGGAACCCUAACCACUUAUGAGACCACACCCUACUUCAGCUGAACCCAACCACACCUUUUCGCCUCUCCAUCUUCUGUCCUCCCAUUUCUUUGGUCCUCACGGAGGGAGACAAGACGGGGCCAUGCUUGCCUUAUCGUCAGGACACACCUUAGUGUGGAAACACGGCAACCCAAACAAGCAGUACCUGCCCAUUUACUCUUGGAAUGAUUGAUUGAUAUAGGCAAACGGGCAGUUAUGUAACCUGUACAGAUUUCAAUAUUAAUACUGUGGUCCAGCUUUACUGAGACCCAAAUGAAGACCCAAAUAGGUGAUGGUGCCAAAAGACCAAGGUAAAGGGCUCUCGAGGGAAUGUUGCCUGAGGUGGUCCUAACCUGCACCAGUUUAACUAUGAUCUUCAACGUAUGCCCCCAGAGGACACUUGGAGUGCUGAUUUAUUCUCCAGUCUAAACCAUUUCAUUUAUUGAAACGGUCCCCGCAUGUGAUAUUUACUGUCAUUGUUAUGUAUGCAGCGUAGUUCCUACAUGGUUCACUUCCAUGGAAACGGUUAUAGAUGCUCAGACCACUGUGGUACAGACUGAAGUAUAUGAUGUUCAUACAGUGUUUGGAACUGGCUAAUGUGUCCCCUGAAAUCUAGUUCAAAUUCCUUAUAUAAUAGAGCGAUGAUUUCUUGGAUUAGGCAACCUUCUGAAUCACAAAAGUGGGUAAACUUUGAAGCCGACCACAUCUACGUUUGUUUACUUGGGCUGGUUCGAGGGAGGGGAAGGGACUCGGGGCACCAAUCCACUGGCAUCCAUUCUUGUAAUCGAUAGGCGUGUAGAGUAAACGACAGGUUUGCUGUGAUUGACAGGCAUGCUGAGCGAUUGACAGGUAUGUGGAGCGAUGGCUGUUCUGAGUGCAUUGUCUGCCAUGUUAAACUAGAGCGCUCUGUCCGUCAGCCAUUUCCUGUGCAUUCUGCUGUUGAAAAGCAUUACUGGAGCAAAAUCCCAUUGCCACAUUGUUCUGUGUGAGCGAAUGAAUCAUGUGAAUACAGCUUAGUCAAACCGGUGACCUAAUGAGAGUCCCUGAGCCACCAUCUAGGCUAAAAGAUUUUGUACAGAGCAAGUCUAAGAUAGUUAAUAUAUUAAUAUUCCAUUAUCUUCCACUAUGUUACCACCUAUAUUUUCACAUUUGUUCUGAACGCCACAUUGCUGUUACUCUUGUAUUUUGAAUUUGCUAAUGUUGUACUUGGGUUGGCACCUAAUAGAAGUUCAGAGAUGAUGGGUCAAGUCCUCAGAGUCUCUCACUUUCUUGGAAAAAAACUACCAUUCCUUCAACAGAGCUGCCCAGAGGGCACGAUGAAACUACAGCUUGAUUUACAAGUGCAUUUCUGUGUUCCUGGUGAUUUUUUUUUUUAACAUUACCAGCUAAUCUAGAAACAUUGCUAACCAUGAUAUCGAGCAUGUCUGUAUGUUGAGUCCUACCUUUUCAAUAUGUAUAACCGAUGAGUAGAUCUGGCCUUGUCCUGCGCCUGUAAUUGUCCCUAACCUGAAAGGGUAAGCAGGGACCGGACUGUUCUGGAUACAGGAUGCACCGCAAAGGCCAGACAGAACACACGUGCAUCCAAAAGCAUUGCUGGCAUCCAGGGGUGCCUCAUUCUUUGCAUCAGGCCUCUUGCCACUUGCCGAGCUCGUCUGCAGCAUCAUCACUGAUGUUCUCCGAGGCUACUAAAUAAAAUGCGCAGAUUGCACUGGUGUGCAGUAGAUGCAAAACAGUGUCUCUGAUCUGUGGAAUGUUCAUUUCAUGUUUGUCUGGGUCACUGGCUCCAGGUGUACAUCUGUUUAUAUGUGUAAAGCACUUUUAACCAACAGUUUUCUUCCUGCCAUCAUCAUCAAUUUAUUCAUGUUUGAUUUUGUUAUUUAAUUAUUUUAAAUGCAUAGUAAAAUAAAGUUAUCAAUGUUG